UAUAUAGAGAGUAUGUCUUUAAAAUUUACUAAUUUCAAACCAUCACACCCCUGGAGAGUCGGUGAGAGCUUUUACUUUACUAAUUUCAAGCAAAUUUUGGUGUUUAGUAAUUUUGGUGUUAAAAGAAAAUUUACAGUAACGUGAUUCACGACAGUCACGGGUCACUCAGAAGAGGAAAAAAAAAGGUUGCAUCAGGUUCUUCUUCAUCUCUAAUUGGUUUAAAAUCCAUCAGCCCUCAUAGACCGCCCUGGAAUCCUCCAUCUUCCAUUUAUAUCUAUGCAACCUCCUCUCUCGAGCCGAACUCGAAUUCAACCAACACAUCUCAUUGUAUGCGUUAGGGUUUUGUACCUACAGUACUUCUUCCUUCAUCUCCUUUCUUCCCCAAACUCAAUCCCUUCCAACGAAUCUCUUCCAGCUUCUGAAUCCGCGGAGAUUGUUCAAGCCAUGAAGGUUCAUCCAAUGCCCAAGAAGAGAAACAUCACGGUCCGGUACGACAUCGCGUCGGCUCUUUCUCAGGCGGAAACGGUCGGGUUCCGGCAGAAGAAGCUCCGGCGACUGCCCCACAUCUUCGCGAAGGUCCUGGAGCUACCUUUCCAUUCCGACGCGGAUGUAUCGAUUGAAGAGACUCACGAUUGCUUCCGAUUCAUCGUUCCGACUGACCACGUCACCGGGGGUAAUAUUAGGGCUCACGCCAUCCAGAUCCACCCCGGUGUCACUAAGAUUGUAAUCCGAGGGGACAACUUUGUUGACUGUCCUCUUAGUGACCUCGACCUCGACCUGUGGCGGUUUCGGCUCCCGCCAUCGACUCUGCCCGGCUUGGCCAGCGCCGCGUUUCGCGACGGCGAACUGGUGGUCACCGUCCCUAAAGGAUCGCACGAAGAGGAAGACGAGGAGGACGGGCGGCUUGUAUUUGUACAGUAAUCCUUCAACAAUCAGUUGUUUCUGUAUCAGUCCUUCCCAUGGAACAAUACAUUAAUUACUCGUAUAUUAUUAUUCUGGUAGAAAUGGAACGUCACUUUUCUUUAGUUAACUAAUAUGAUGAUAUAUGCUUUACCUGAUAAAAUUUCACAAUUUCUGCUGUUUCACUUGUGCAUAUUCCAGCGUCUCUGGCUUGCAUCUUCCGCUGCAGGUAGGUAAUUGGGUUCAAGUAGUUUGCCACUAUAUACGAUCAAUUAGUGUUUCAUUUCAUCUUCAGGUCCAAUUUUUGAUGCUUUAGUGUAUGGUUUUUGAGCUUUGAGUAAUAGUUGCCGAGUUUCUGCUGUUUACUUUGAAGCUAUGGAGAUUAUGUCAAUCAUUUCAGUCAAAUUAAUGCAAGCUAAAGUGUUAUUUGGUCGAGUUUGUUGAAUCUAAUCUUGCAUAUGGUCGAAGAAAGAAUGGCAUUUCUAAAAAUUCAUAUUUUAGGCCAGACAAGUAAAUCAACAGUUGCUUACUUCUGAUUAUUCUGGGUAUUUCUGCUUAUUUCAUCUAUAAGCAGAUUUGUCAACCUUUGUUAAUCUACCAAACUAAGGUAGAAAAUUUGGUUAAUUUGUUUACUAAGCACUCUCUAAAUUGUACAUAGCCAAAACCAGAGUCAUCUUUCAAGAGAAGAUAAUGAAGAAGAAUGUUUGAUGAAUUGAUGAUUCUCAUUAGUUGGAGCAAUUUCAGACAUGUUUCAUAGUGGCGUACACCUAGAGCUUUAAAGCUUUUCCUAAACUUUAUUCAUUCUGUUUUGUUGAAGAUGAUAAUUUGUGUGUUUUUAACCUUUAUGUCGAUAGCAAGGAUCAGUACUCCGUAGUCCGUACUUUAUAGGCUUGUAGCUGCUGUGAUGGACCAUUAGUGUCAAUUUAAUGGUCAUUAUGGAAUGUAACCCAGAUUCUUUAGGAUAACCGUACAUUAUGUGCGUGAAUUUCCCUUCAUUCAUUUCAGCUGAUUGAGAGACGUGAAGUUUUAUUAGAUAUUGCUGAUUCAGCAAAUGCUUAUCUAGUAUGGAAAAUGACAUUUAUACCUAUUGUAGACUUUGUAGUCAGGUUAUUAAACAAUUACGUAGAACUGCGUAUUUA